GUUAUCCUGCAGUGGUGGCGACAGAGAGCUGCAGGAAUGACUCUCUGUAGCUGCAUCCCGUUAUCUGGGCGGAGACAGACACAGAGAGACAGACAGACAGACAGAGAGAGGUUGAUCAAAUCCACCACACUAUCUCUCUGUUCUCACCCACAACUGCCAUGACCAGGAGCCGGUCGGUGUGACGGAGCCUGGAAGGAGAAGAAGACACAUGAGAACAAAGCGGAAUCAUUUGCAGUGGACACGAGUGUUUUCUCAGGCGUGUUUUGGACCCUGCUCCCUCCUUCCUGGUCCUGGGUGAGGGUUAGACCCGGCUUGGUCGUGUGUUUGGACCCUGCUCCCUCGUCCUGGCUGAGGGCUGGACCCGGGUUAGCUGUGUGUUUGGACUGUGCCUCCUCCUUCCUGGUCCUGGGUGAGGGUUAGACCCGGGUUAGUUGCGGCAGUCUUGGUCGAGCGGAGGACGGUCACCUCCUUUUGUGUCGCUCUGCACUUGUUUAUUCAACUUGUGCCUCAUUCCCUUCACAGGAGGUUUCAUUUCUGUUUUUUCUUGUUUCGUUUUAAACGGAAUGAAUGACAAAAACAAAGGAGGUUGAUGUCCAUAACUCCCCGGGUAACCUCGUCUUCGCCUCGCCCAAGGAAAGGAGACUCCAUCUUCGGCAGAAGAUGGACAGCGGAGGCGGGACUGAGGGCUCGGACAGCGGGCAGACGCUGCACGCGGUUCCCGGUUCUCACGCCGCGGAGCUCUCUGCGGUUAUCCCCGCGCACCCUCCGGGCGGUAAGAAGAAGGUGAUGAACCGGGCUCCCUCACCGGCCAGACCGAAGGAUGUCCCCGGUUGGUCCCUCACGAAGAUUCGCGGAGGGAUUGGGACGCCGACUCUGAGCGUCAAACCUGGAGGCAUCCACCUGGGAAGCCGCAUUUCUCGGCGCAGCCCGGUGGGAAGUCUCUCUGGGAGGGACGGGAAAGCAGAGAAGAGUGGUGGCGGUAAACCACCAGGUAAAUCCUCCUCCUCCCACGCCGCAAUGUCCAAAUCCUCGUCGACUAAAGCAGCCAAAAGCAGCGGAGGACGAAGAAAGGUGUCGGACGCCAGUAUCGGAUCUGAUGAUUUAUCCAAGGACUCGGGCUGCGCCGCGGGUAAACUCUCCCCCACAGAUAGCAGCUCCGAGCUGUCGGACUGCGCCUCAGAGGAAAACAAGCUCUCCACGGAUGCAGUGAGCAGCGACGCCGAGUCGAGGAGCAGCCGGGGCGGCGGGCCGGACGGAGACAAGCCUCUUAGGAAUGGCGUGUUGUCGGACAGAGCCGGCCAACAACAAAGCGUGAAGGCCGGCUGCUCCUCCGAGGACAGAGACGACAAGGACCGCCUGUCGCUCGGUGUGGAGACGGGGGAAGGGAGCAUAUCCCCCGGCGAGGAGCGCUCCGUCACGUCGUUCGACAGCAGGGUUCCAGCGAGCACAUCACUGGCCUUCUCCGACCUCACAGAGGAGUUCAUGGACGGGAUGCAUGAGGAGUUCGUGAGGGAGAUCGAAGAGCUGAGAUCUGAGAACGAUUAUCUCAAAGAUGAGAUGGAAGAGUUGCGGUCUGAGAUGCUGGAGAUGAGGGACAUGUACAUGGAAGAUGACGUCUACCAGCUGCAGGAGCUACGGCAACAGCUAGAGCAGGCAAAUAAGACCUGCCGCAUCCUGCAGUACCGGCUCAGGAAAGCAGAGCGGCGCUCUCUCCGCGUGGCCCAAACGGGGCAGGUGGACGGUGAACUGAUACGGACGCUGGAGCAAGACGUCAAAGUGGCGAAGGACGUGUCCAUCCGCCUCCACAGUCAGCUGGACAGUGGGGAGAAGAAGAGGAGUCGUCUGGAGAAGGAGAACGAGGAGCUGAGGGUCCGACUGCAGGACCUGGAAGUCGCCAAGCAAGUCCUGCAGCAGGAGAUAGACAAGAACUCCCAGAAGAAAAGAGGAGCACGACCAAACAACAAACCUGACAAAAAGCCCGGUCCACAGGAGGACAGUUCAGACAUCAAGUGUCAGCUCCACUUUGCCAAAGAGGAAUCGGCCCUGAUGUGCAAGAAGCUGACCAAACUGGUGAAGGACAGCGAGGCCAUGAAGGAGGAGCUGGCCAAGUACAGGUCGCUGUACGGAGACGUCGAUGCCUCGCUCACCGUGGAGGAGGUUGCUGACUCCCCACACACCCGCGAGGCAGAGGUUCGAGUCCAUCUGAAGCUGGUGGAGGAGGAGGCCAACCUGCUGAGUCGACGUAUUGUAGAGCUGGAGGUGGAGAACCGGGGGCUGCGAGCAGAGAUGGAAGACAUGAAGGGACCACAAGAUCUCACUGGGGUUGGUGCUGGUCUCGGCGUCGGCCUCGGUCUCACAGGAGGUGCCAUGGUUCUUGGAGGAGGGGCUUCAUCUGAAAACGUCAUGGAGCUCCAGAGACACCUGCAGUUCGUUGAGGAGGAGGCGGAGCUACUGAGGAGGUCACUGAUCGAGAUGGAGGAGCAGAACAAGCUCCUGAUGAACGAGAUCAACCGCUAUAAAUCUGACCUCCCCCCGCUGAUGUCCACGCUGUCGUCCAAUUCGCUAACGUCGCUGGCGGACGGGCUGCUCAAUGACAGCCCUGUCCACACUAUACAGGAAGGGGCGGUGCUUAUCAGCACAGACCCCCCUGCCCAGGAGGAGGAGCUUAGCCUGGCGAGGCUUCAGAUUGGAGAACUGAACGGAAAAGUGAAGAAGCUGCAGUACGAGAACCGAGUCCUUCUGUCCAACCUGCAGCGCUGUGACCUGGCCUCCUACCACGCUCCUUCCUCCUCAUCCUCAUCGUCCUCAUUACGUCUAGCUCUGGAGACGGACGCAGAGGCUGGAGACUCAGCCGAGUGCCUCCCCACCAGCCCGCCCCACCGCAGAGAGCCUGUAGGGGGCGAGAAUGACGCCCUUGAGAUCAAGGAACGGAAAAAGAACAUCGAGGACAAUGCUGACGCAGCAGCCCCACUUCCUGGUUGCCUAGGGCAAAAGGACCAUGAUGCUUUGCUGGCCAUGAGGGACCAGGCGCGCCUGAUUUCCACGGCGAUACAGCUCCUGACCUCCCCCGAGUCAAACUGCCUCUCCUCCUCCUCCUCUCCAUCCAUCUAUCACAAGGUCUGCAGUAACGAAGCAGCAGAGGCGUGCGACCUGGAGAAACCUCAGCCUCACAGCCAGAUCUCUGAGCUGUCUGACCUGGCAGACCGACCUCUGGUUGGUGCUCUGACCAGCAGGCUUCAGGCGCUCAACAGCCAGCUGCAGGCCUUUGUAGAGCGGGUAGACUGUGUGGGUAAACCUCCAGCAGGUGGGAGGGACCCUCAGGUGGAAGGAGCCUCUCCUCCAGCCUCACCCUGCGCCUCACUCAUCUACUCUGGAGAUGACCAGGAUGGACUUAAUACUGCAGAGGAGAAGCAGCCUGAUUAUAGGGACCAAUCAGAGCCAGAGGUGAACAGUCAAACUGAAGAGAACAGCCAAUCAGAGAGUAGCGAUGUGCAAAAACAGGAAAACAGCCAGAUGGAGCAGCAAGAGGAGACGACCCAUGAUGCACUGACCUCUCAGUCUAGUGAUCUCGAUGUCCAGUUUGCUGAAGCUCAAGAGGCUCAAGAAGCUCAGGAGGAGCUGGAGAAGGAGAGACUGACUCGGAAAGAAAUCACCAUCAUCAAACUUACUCAGCUUCAGGAGGAGCACCAGAAGGCUCUGCUCCGGCGGGACUUCCAGCUGCAGAGUUUGGGUCUGCAGGCUCGGCUGCAGCAGAAGUUAUGGAACCAGGAGAGGACUUUGCUGGUCCAGGAGUCUCAGCACCUUAAACAGGCCCUGCUACUGCUCAGCCUCAAACUGCGCUGCUUCCUCAAACAGUGGAGACUAGGCUGCAAGAAAGACACAGAAUGGAAAGACGUCUUGGAGAUAAACAGCCUGAAGGAUCUCUACUUGCUAUUGGAGGAGGACAACCUGGCAAGCCCCGCCCACCAGACUGACAAGAGGUCUUCUGCUGACGUGCAUCCACUCAGCCCAACUAUCAAGUCGAGUGCCGUGAGCAGUACUUUGGCAGACCUGAGGGUGGCGCUGCAGGAUCUGAGUGGUGAGCUGCGUCAGGAGAGACAAGGCUCACAGGAACUCACCCAGCAGUUUGCGAAGGCCAAGGCAUCAUGGGAAGUGGAGAGGACAGAACUACAGAGCCUCAUCACACAGCUUGAGACCAAAGCAGGUAAAUCUGCUGCUGCUGCUGCCCUGUCCACCACGGAUGCAAUGGAUCCUCCAGACCUGAAGGUAGCGCUGAAGAGGGAGCGCGAAGAACAUCAGCACUUGCUGGCUGAGUCUUAUGGGGCUGUGAUGGAUCUAACUAAACAGCUUCAGAUCGGAGAGAGGAACUGGGGCAGAGAGAAGCUGGAGCUGCUGGAGCGCUUCAGUCAGGAGAGAGCUCAGUGGGAGCAGAGGCUGAGAGAGGCCACCGUGCAGCAGGGGAAGUCGAAGUCAUCAAGUCACGUUGAGCUCUCUGCAGACACGGUAGUCGCUAACGGCGCAGGUUCACCCAGGACAAAGUCCACGUCAGAGCUGGACGGCCCAGAGUUCAAUGGAGCAGCGAACAAGGAGCAGAAAAUCAAAUUUACUGUUCCGCCUCUGCUGAUUCAGGCAGAGCUCCUCACUGGGAAGAACUGGACCUACCUGACCAAUGAGGCUCCUGAUGUUGGGGACACCUGUAAAACCUGGGAUGGCCCCAGUGGUUCCUGCAGCAGCCUGGUGGGAUCGGAGCUGGAUCUGGAGUCUGUCCAGAGGAGCUACACCGCUCCAGACCGCACCGGCAUCCGGAUCUACUACAGCCCUCCCGCUGUGCGUCGCAUAGAGCAGCGGAGAAAGAGCCAGGAUUCACAGCACAUGCAGAAUGGGAGCUCUUCUGUGGGAUGGAAUAGCUGGGACGCUGCCGUGCCUGCAGUGGAAACACUCGAGCUCCAGCAACAACCCGCGUCUUCCUCCUUUUCAUCCUCAUACGAGCAGUGGCUGAGCUCACUGUCCAAGCAGCACAGGGAGCUGCUGGAGAGCAGGAGUGGCUGCAUCGCUGGUUCCAUCCCCAGUGUCAUCAACAACAGUGUGGGCGGCUCUGCCAAUAGUAUCGUCGAUGGGAUGACAUCGUCCUCUGCUUUCCAUGGCUUGGAGAUCGGAGAGAUCUCGGCCAACUUGAGUGACGACAUGAAGGAGAUGACCAACUGUGUUCGCCAGGCCAUACGCUCUUCCUCCCUGGAGAGGAAAUCCAGCAAAGAACCUGGAAAUCAGAUGGUUGGCAUGUCUACCAGGUCCACGCAGACCGCUGCUCAGUGCGUCAGCAUUGGGCUUCAAACUGACAACCUUUCAAGCAGCAGGGGGGCAGUGUUACACUCCAAAGCCUGGUCUCCUCGCCCAUCGUCUGCAGCCACCUCCUCGUUGGUGUCUGCCCGAACCCGGCAGAUAUCAACAUCGCUGGAUAAAGUUCACAGCCGCAUCGAGCGGCCGUGCUGUUCACCUAAGUAUGGAUCACCAAAACUACAGCGCAGAGUGUCUUCUGGCUCCACGUCGCGACUGGAUGCAUCUUCCUCCUCCUCCAGGGACCGCAGCCUUUGGAGCCUCCAACAGAGACCGCUGAGUGCAGGCGGAGGGGGAGGCGGCGGCGGAGGCGGAGGCGGAGGCUCGGCCUGGGCUCGGUCCACCACCACCAGGGACAGCCCCGUCCUCAGCGGCCUCACUGACGGGCUCUCCAGCCUCUUCAGCGUGGUGGAACACACGGGAAGCACAGAGUCGCUCUGGAGGAGCGACGGAGGAGCCAGCCAGACUGCCAGUCCAGCACGGCAGCCUCCUGCUGCAGGAAAACCCUCUGGAGCAACAGUGUGUGGAUCCGACUCCAGCUCUCAGCGUUACGGAGGCCUGGUCCAGGAGUUCUUCAGAAAUGUCUGCAGCAGCCGUGGUCAGGGAGGAGUCGCCCUGUCUGCGGAGAGAGUGCAGAGAGACUCCCUGGGCAGCCUCAGAAGUCUGACUGUCUUGGGGAGCAUUGGUAGCGUGGAUGAGCCCAAACCAGAGUGUGUGUCAGCUGGAGCUGGAGGAGUGUUGGCCGGGUUGGGCGGAGGCAAUGACAGUGUGACCAGGAUUGUUAAUAAGAGAUUUAUGAGGCAAACAACCGGAGAAGAAAUGGUCAAUAUCAUGGGAGGAGGGAAGGAAACAAUGAACAUUGUCGUGUCUGCAGGAUCAGCGACCGAAAUAAGAUCUUUAGAGGAUGCACCCUGUGACUGCACUGCCCAGUCGCCGUGCUUGUCCCGACCACCAAGAGCAGGUGCUCGUCAUUCACACGGGCAGUGCAAGCACCGCCCACAAGAGUCUCCUCCAGCCACAGCUGAGGAGAAGAAGGACGUCUGCAGCGAGUGACACGCACACACGCAUUUAUAUACAUAUAGAUAUUUAUUUAUAUCUAUAUAUAUGUAUGUAUAACAAUACACAAGCACCGAACACCACUGCCAUGAAAACACAUUCAGACCUUCUUAUGUCACCAAAUGUAAGUACAGACCCACGAGCUGCCACACAGGCCCACUGCCAGAUAUGACACACACUGCUAGCACACUGCACAGAAAGCCACUGCCACACAAACACACAUGUACACACACACACAACGUAUGCUACAUAUAUAUAAAGAUAUAUAUGUGUAUAUAUAUAUAUAUAUAUAUA